GCAAGUUCCCCGAGCGCAUACGGGCGAAUCUUCUUGUUCGGGUUGCUCUUCGCUUCAUCGGCCAGGACUAUCACCUCUUUUUGCACCACGACUUCCUCAACAAGUUUGACAAGGCGUAUGGGUCGAGGCAAAAUCCAGAGUACGACUCUGUCUGGAUUUGCAAGUUCUUCGUCAUACUGGCUUUGGGCGAGAUGUACUCGACAUCGCUGCCAGCUGCGAAAGAAGCCCGCCCUUCGUCAGUCCCAGGAACAGGCUACUUUCUCACUGCUGUGGGUUUACUCCAAGACCUGUUUGAGGAGCCUUCCAUCGCCCAGAUCGAGACUUUACUGUUGUUUUGCUUCUACUCAAACGUACUCGGACGCGUGAAAUCGGCACACAUGUACAGCGGCAUGGCUGUGCGCUCAAGUACCUGUCUCGGUCUACAUCGAAGUAUUCCCGACACGUCAAUCCUGUCUCCCAUUGAACGAGAGCACCGAAUACGGCUCUGGUGGACUGUCUACAUUUUUGACAGAUCAACCUGCUCGAAGCUUGGACAGCCCUUGACAAUACAAGACGCCGACAUUGACGUGGGCAUGCCGUCGUUGGACAUAUUGAUCCCAGAGAGCCAGACCAGGCUCGGAUCUCCAGACCACUUGAUUGCGUACAUAAAUCUGGCUCAAAUUACGGGAUUUAUCAUGCGCGACAUCUAUGCACCUGCAUCCAAAGCCAAUGGCGGAAGAUUGGUCCAGGACGUUCGCGCCAUCUUGCAGAAGCUGAGGAAGUGGGAUGCCCACGUUCCAGCUCGCUUGCGAUGGAAUCCUGAAGGCGGAGUCCCUCGUUCAGUGGCAUCUCUGCAACUGCAUUUUAACCAAUGCAUCAUCUUGACUACGCGUCCAAUUCUGCUCCAUAUAUUCAAAAUCAGGAAUCCGUUCGCGAGUCAGAGUCGUGGAGCCACCACCUCUGGCGGCAGUGACCCUCCACAGAUAUCAGAUACAACAAGGUCACUGGCAGAUUCAUGUGUGGCUGCUGCUCGAACCUCCAACACAAUACUCUCACAAUUGUUUGUGGAGAAUGCCCUAGCUACCUGUGGAUAUUUUGACGCUCAUCAUCUCUUUGCCUCGACGCUUGUUUUGAUCAUCUCGGCAAUCUCAUCACCCAACUCCAGUGACUCCGACGCCGUCCAGACAGCAUUUCAACUCUUGAUGGUAAUGCGAGAUAACGGGAACGCAGCCGCAGGAGAAUAUUUUUCCCGCCUGCUCCAAAUUCAAUGGACUGUUAGUCGGCUCUUCACCCAGGCCACCACAGCCAACGAGACAACCCCAACCAUGGAUGCUCCGAGCGGUACCGUGGGAAAUGUCGCGACGCCAAAUCCGCCAUCUGGAUUAGCCGAGUUGGACGAUUACGAUUGGAGUAAAUUUGUGAUCCCUACUUCUUUUUACCCAACUUACGACGAAGCAGCAGCGGUAGGAACUAUCCCCGCCGAUCCUUUAGACAACCCAUUUCUUCAAGCUUUUCUUGAUCAUGCGGAUGGUAGCAGAGACGAAAAUACUCUCUUCAACACGGAAGACGAGGAUUUCAUGUCGUGAUAUCUUGAAUAGAAUGGGAUAGAAGAAACUAGCACGGGUUGACAAUGAGUUGCUUGGCUAAUGAUCAUGCGCCAAGUUACAAGACAGUGUUGCGAGAAAUGAGCAUGUCGCGCGACUCAAAGAAGUAAACAUAUCAUACUUUUUACGAUCG